UAAAUGUGAAAUAAUGAGUAAACCUCUUACCUCCCAUCAUGUACACUCUUAAAAUGUAUUGUCCAACUUACAGUAGUGUUAUCCAGAGUUUUAAUAGAAUUGAUUAGACUAAGGCCCAUGGAGGAGUUCCUGUCAGUCUGUGGCAGAUCCCUUAUCAAAAAAUUGGCAUUGACUCUUCCUUCACCGAACCAGAGUUACACACUGUAUCGCAUACAGAGUUCUGUCUAUUUCACAUCUACAGAUUUGACCCUGCUUUUUCAACAGUUUGAGCUAUUAACUACUAUCACCAUUAAAUGAAAGAACCUCAGGAGGUCCAUGUCCUCUAAAGAAGAAGGUCCUGUGGAGCAGCCCUGGAGGGGCCCCGUUGUAACGCGAGACAGUGUAGAGGACCGGGACCUCCGGACCGGUCUGGACGUGGAGGGGCCACCGGGGCCGGAGUCUUCACGGCGACAGCAUAGAGUUUUGUGUUCUCUCCUUUCGUGCAUGAAAGCCGGUUUUGACCAGGACCCUUGGCCCUCGCACCUCUUCCAAACCCAAACUGUGCCGGAACCGAGACGAACCAUUUGCCGGGCGGCCUAGUGGAAACACAUGAAGACGGAGCCGGAGGGAGGAGAGGGCUACGGGGGUCCUACCAAGGUAACCCACAGCUCCUGUUUGGAGGAGAACGCCCACUGUUCCGCCGCUCAGGGUGACACCACCAACGGGCAUCGAGAUCGGAGGGCCUCCGCAGAGUGGAAAACCAAGAGAGGAAGGACCCUUCAGACACAGGAUAGGAACUCUGUCCGAACUGAUGAAGAGACGUGCUUCGUACGAGCGAUUCCGGUGCCACGUCUGUGGAAGGGCUUCCCGGCGCGGAAAGGACUGGCCGACCACAUGACGACUCACACAGGGGAGCGACCGCACAGCUGUCACCUGUGCGGAAAGGGUUUCAAAGUGAAGAGUCACCUGAACGAGCACAUCAGGGUUCACACGGGGGAGAAACCUUUCGUCUGCCCGGUCUGUGGCAAAGCCUUCAGGCAGGACGCACACAUGAAAGGACACCUGAGGAGGACUCACAAGGAGAAACCGUACCGAUGCCAUGACUGUGGGGAAAGCUUCAGUCAGAUGGGAGAGCUGCAGGUGCAUAGGACAGUGUGUUGCGGUCCAACUGGACUGGGUUUUUGAUGUGACCUUUUUCCUGCCCUGCUGCCUUUCCAAAGCCGGCUGUUUCAGACCGGCAACAUGUGCUGUCAUUGUCAUCAUGGUCAUAUUCAGAUGUGUAAGAAAGAAGGGCCUGUCCACAGGGUUAGGAAACUUCCGGAGAGAGCACCCGCCGCAUCUGCCAAAAUCCAUACAUGGCCAGGUGUUUCCGGAAAGAACGUUUGUGGUCGUUGGAAGUAUGUGGUAUUAUUGGUGCGUUUCAUUGUGACUCCAAUGAGAAGUAGUUCCGUCGGUAUAGCUAUCUAGUGCUCUGAUGGUGAGGUCUGUGUCACCCAUUUUAUUUGGGGCGUACAGCUGUGACAAAAUAUACAAAAUAUUCUGUAAAUAUUGGAUAUCAUUUCGCCCCUCCUGGUAGCGUUCUAUGUUUCUGAGAGUGAAAGAGAGAUGUACAUUGAAAAGCCAAAUGUAGCUUAUGGUUUUGAAGGUUUAAAGAAUGCCACUAAGUGGCAUGAGAACUACGUUAAUACUAUUGAAUAUUAUUAAAAGGAAGUUAACUGGCUGUAUGUUAACCUAUUAAAUUAUGAAAAUAACUUAACAACCAA